CAGCAAGGAGACGUCACAAAAUUUGAAACUUUAUCUUUUAAAUUCGAAGACGAUUUUUCAAUACCUAUAUCUCAAACUCUAUCUCACGAAAGACUUAUCUCAGCUUUACCCGAUUCCGAUCAAUAUUUAGCCACUUUAGACAAGCUCUGAAUCAAGGAGAAAUCGUUGAUCUUCUUAAACACGAUCAAUUAGAAAACACUGAAGAAGUUCAAGAUAGAAGGGAUUCUCAAGAAAUUCGUUCUCCUUAAAAUAUAUAAGUGUAGGUAAAAAUACUUUCAACAUGACUUCUCUUGAUUUCUCAAAAAAAAGUCUUAUUUUUAUAACUGGGGCAUCCAGAGGUAUUGGUAGAGCCCUAGCUAUAGAGAUGUCUCAAUCGAUUCAUCCUCAGUCUGCUCUUGUUUUAAUUGCUUCAUCUGCUUCUGCUCUAGAGGAAACAAAAUCCCUUGUCUUGCAAGUAGAAAGUACUUUGAAUGUUGUUACAUAUCCUAUUGAUUUAUCGGAGCCUUCAGAUGAUGUGUAUGAAAAAUUAUUUGAUGAAGUAAUUAAAAAAGUUGAUGUAUCUAAUUUGGAUUACUCUAUUUUCAUUCAUAAUGCAGGAACAAUUGGUUGUUUGAAGAAAACUGUAGAUUUGAAUGAUGUUGAACUGUGGAGAAAAUAUUAUGAUUUGAAUCUUAUUUCUGCUAUAUCACUCAACUCGAAAUUCAUUUCUAAAACUAAAGGUUUAGCAAAAAAAUUGUUCAUAGUUAAUAUAACAUCUUUAUGUGGUAGAGUUCCUUUUGUGAACAUGUCCAUGUAUGGAUCAUGUAAGGCAGCAAGGGAGCUAUUUUUCAAGGUUUUAGCUGUUGAAGAAAGUAAUUUAACAAUUCUGAAUUAUUCUCCUGGUCCUGUUGCCACUGAUAUGUUUGAAACUAUCAUUGAAACGGCUGAAGAUGAUGGACUAAGAAAAUCUUUCAAGGAGACUAAAAAAACUGAUAUCUUAACGCCCCAAAAAACUGUUAAAAUGUUGUUGGAUAUCCUUAAAAAAGGAAUUUUUGAGAGUGGGCAAACCAUUGACUACUUUGACUUAGUCAAAUCUACAUAAAGUAUUAUUACUUUUUCCAUAAUUAAUAUUUUAAACGGUGAGUUCUGAAAAUAAUUCCAAUCUAAAUUUGAAACCAAUCUACAAUUACAAAUUAUGAUAAAAUUGCUGAUUUUUGAUUUGCACACAUCUUCUAAAUGUUAACAAUUAUUGAUUUGUUAUGAGAUAUUUUAUUUAUGUUAAGUUUUUUAAAUUCAACCUAUACAAAUAUUAGAUUUUAUAAAAUUGUUUGAAUUGAAACUAAGGAAUUAUUAGUGCACAAUUAGAAAUUUUUUCCAAUUGUGGCUACCUUUUCUACUAAUUGCCUACUAAUAAUUUAAACCUUGUAUUUGAUAUUGUUGGAUUGCAGUUUGCAUGGUGUCAAGUCGAACAAUAUUACAAUACAGUAACUUUUUAUGUUCAUAAAUUGUAGAACCUAGGUGAAUUUUUGAUAUGUGGGUUGUAAAAAUAGAGGGUCAAGGGAAUUGUUUAAUGUAGAAAUAAUUGAUAUCAGUGCUUUUUUU